AGAGGUCUCUCCGCUCAUACAGCAGCACGGCCCGGGUACACCGAGAAUAAGUAGACGAGGUAAAAAUCAAUUGGCUUGCAUGGAGCGCUGCUCCGUUUGAUACAGCGAAACGCCACAGUUCUCGUGCGACCCCAAUUUUCCGGACCUCAUCAAAGGCCAGGAUGGCGUGGCCGGUUUAGAGGCGAGACCGUGGCAUGAACGUCCAGAGUGUGGCGGCUCUCGCAGGCUGAGGGACCAUUGCGCCGCACAGCAUGGCCUCGGUGGCUGCGUGGCUUCCAUUCGCAAGGGCCGCCGCCAUCGGCUGGGUGCCCAUUGCGACCCACCCUUUGCCACCACCACCCAUCUCUAAGGACCGCAGAAAGUCAGAGGACGAGAAGUUGCUGAUCAACGUGUCGGGGCGUCGGUUCGAGACAUGGCGCAACACGCUGGAGAAGUACCCGGACACGCUGCUCGGCUCGAACGAGCGCGAGUUCUUCUACGACGAAGACUCGAAGCAGUACUUCUUCGACCGCGACCCGGACAUCUUCCGGCACAUUCUCAACUACUACCGCACAGGCAAAUUGCACUACCCCAAGCACGAGUGCCUCACCAGCUACGAGGAGGAGCUCGCCUUCUUUGGCAUUUUGUCCGACGUGAUCGGCGACUGCUGCUUCGAGGACUACAAGGACCGCAAGCGGGAGAACAGCGAGCGCCUCAUGGACGACAAGCUGAGCGAGAACGGCGACAACCAGAACCUGCAGCAACUCACAAACAUCAGACAAAAAAUGUGGCGCUCGUUCGAGAACCCGCACACGUCGACGUCAGCGCUGGUGUUUUACUACGUGACCGGCUUCUUCAUCGCCGUCUCGGUGAUGGCCAACGUGAUUGAAACUGUGUCUUGCGGCAUCAAGCCGGGACGCAGCGGCACCCUGCCCUGCGGCGAGCGCUACAAAAUAGUCUUCUUCUGCCUUGACACGGCCUGUGUCAUGAUCUUCACCGCCGAGUACCUGCUCCGCUUGUUCGCAGCUCCAGACAGGUGCAAAUUCAUGCGAUCGGUGAUGAGUAUAAUCGACGUGGUGGCGAUCAUGCCGUACUACAUCGGCCUCGGCAUCACCGACAACGACGACGUGUCCGGUGCGUUCGUCACGCUGCGAGUCUUCCGAGUGUUCCGAAUCUUCAAGUUCUCGCGGCACAGCCAGGGGCUGCGAAUUCUCGGCUACACGCUCAAGUCGUGCGCCUCCGAGCUCGGCUUCCUCGUCUUCUCGCUGGCCAUGGCCAUCAUCAUCUUCGCCACGGUCAUGUUCUACGCCGAGAAGAACGUCGAGGGCACCAACUUCACCUCCAUUCCAGCAGCCUUCUGGUACACCAUCGUCACAAUGACGACUCUCGGGUACGGCGACAUGGUACCCAAGACGAUUGCCGGCAAGAUCGUGGGAGGAGUUUGCUCUCUCAGUGGGGUGCUGGUGAUCGCCUUGCCGGUCCCUGUAAUCGUAUCCAACUUCAGUCGCAUCUACCACCAGAACCAGCGCGCAGACAAGAGGAAGGCGCAGAGGAAAGCAAGACUGGCGCGAAUUCGCAUUGCCAAAGCGUCGUCGGGAGCCGCGUUCGUCAGCAAGAAGAAGGCCGCCGAGGCGCGGCUAGCGGCCCAAGAGUCCGGUCUAGAGAUGGACGACAAUUACAGAGAAGAGGACAUCUUUGAGCUGCAGCAUCAUCACCUCCUCAGAUGCCUUGAAAAGACUACAGACCGUGAGUUCGUCGAGAUGGAGGUGCCGUACAACGGGCAGCCGAAGAGGCCGGGUUCACCGUCUCCAACGGCCAGUCCGACUCACUCGACGGCGAGCAACACGGGCUUAUUGCAGGCGUGUUGUGGUCGAUGUUGCGGCCAGAGGUAUCAGAGCAUUCCCUUCCUAGCUACCAGCCCCGGGAAAGACAAGGUUGUUCUAGUUUACCAAGACAAGAUCGAAGUGCGCACAAAGAAGCAGCACCACCGAGGGGCGACCCCGGACACGGGUGGCGUUCAAGAGGAGGAGCUGAACGACGUACGGUCGGCCAGCGAGGCCGUCUCGAGGGCCAGUCUGAAUCAGACGGCCAAGCCGAACUCGACCACGUCGACCGCCUCCGUGGUGGUCAACCUGCCGUCGUCCUACCCCGCCUCGGAGGUGCUCGAAGGGCAGCCGCCGCCGCAAGAGGCCCCCUCGGACGGCAAGCAGCAGUCGGUGGUGCGCAUUUCCACGUUAUGAGACCGCAGGCAGUGAUCUGUUGUGUGUCUGUUGGUUUGUGUAUAAACUCGACCCAGAGUGGCAGGAAAGAAAAAAAAAAGAGAGAAUCACCCUCCGAUGGAAGAGCGAGUGUGAAAGCGAGGAGAAAAUCGGCAGCAGUUUCUUCGGCCCAGACACCUUCUCUGUGGUCUUUAUUAUGCUCUACUGUUUUAUGGGUGCUCUGGUCGCGGAUCUGUCUGUGUAGAAAUCGUGUGUGUUUCCUCAAUUACUGUGACGCGCGCGCGCAGGGUUUUUCGAAAAACAACUUUUGAAGGUCUCGUUCGUAAAAAUCGCAUCGAGAUGUUAUAUUUCUCGCAAGCCUUGACUCCUUUUCAACUGUUUUUUCCUAAAAAUACCUCAGCUUGAGACGAGGUCUUUUGAACCAGACACACACAAAAUAUAUGUAUAAUAGAGACGCAUUUAUAAAAAAAAUCGACCCGUCUCAAUUUCAGGCAUUUUUCUUCUCAAAUUCAAAAAUUCUACGCGCAACAUUCCAAUUCCUUCAAUCGCAACCUUCCAAAAGUUGCACAAUCUGAUUGAAAAACCCUCGCGACCGAGGUGGAAAUUUUAAGCUGUGAAAGAAAUAUAUGAUGUUAUUAUUCUAGUGUAAAAAAAAUCGCGACAUCUCCAUUCACUCUGAAAUUUUCGCAACGUUUUUUCAAUCAAGAGGUGUCCGUGUGUUGCUAAAACCUAUAAAAGUAAUUUUAUUUUGAUUUCAAUUAAAAAAAAAUGUUUUCGUUCCCGGACAAGCACCUUUUGAUUCCGAAGACUAUUUUGAAUGUCACACACAAAUGAGUACCGCGUACUUUCCCAGGAAGUAUUUUCCUUCUGGUGUCAACAGAGAAUAUUAAGCACAUAAAAACGGAGCAGUUGAAAAAAAAAAUAAUAAUGUUACAAUAGUGCGCGCGGAUUUCUGUUCUGUGCUGCAGAAAGAUGUGUAGUAUAUUCGUACUAAUAAUUUAUAUUUUCGUCUUUUGUAAUGAUUGUCAGUGCACAACCCUUUUGGUCAGAGCAGUUCACACACGUGACACGUUUUAAUACACACGAACACACACACAUUAACACACUCACUCACUGUAUUGUAAAAAAAGAACAUAUCCACGAAAAAGAAAAGGCACCAGCGGUCAACCCGAAAAAUUGACGCAACACGUUGUUGAAUGUUGCCUCUUUUUAGGCACAUUGUUUCUAUAAUGAAAUUCAUUUGUUGAAAAGUGAAAACAGGUUAGCAGCUAUGCGUGAACAAUAUUAUUGAGUAUUUUGUCAAAAUGGUGCUAAACCGGAUGAUAUAGCAGAAAAAAAGAAUUAUAUUGAGAAAAAAUCUAAUAAUAAUUGUUGACGAUCGAUGAUCCCCCUUGAUUAAAAGCGACUAAUUAGCUUGGAAAAAUCUACUACUUCCUAACUGAUAUAAAAAAUGUCGAUCUUUUGAUUGGUCUCAUUUUUUAAUAGUGAAUGUCUGUAUACUUGUCGUGCAAGAAAGAUAGAAUUUGACUAUAAAAACACCGCGAAAAAAAAUAACACACGUCUAUACUCUGUUAAUUGUGGAAAGCAAUGCGAGCAAAUUGAAAGAAAAAUUAAAAACAAAAAUCAUCAGCCGAUAUAUAAAUGUGGCGUCAUUCUCGAAGCCGACGCACAAUUAAUUUUACAAGAUAAGUGAGAGUGCAAAAUGUGAUUCUACAAAUAAACCGAGAGCAAGCAAGAAAGCAUCAAUUAAAAUUUUGAAAAAAAAAAUAAUAUAAAAUUCGUGACAUUUCCUCUCAAAAAAGAAUAUGAAAAUUUUGAUUGAUCGACCUGCCCUGAUGUGUCACCUGCUGCCCUGAUGUGCCAAUCGUCCGUACGAAGCUUCAUAAAAUUUUAUCGGUGUGAAAUAGAUAAAUAAAUUAAACUCAGUUUUGGUGCGAGUUCGACCAUCCAUCCGCUCUCUCUUGUGUGAAAAGAAAGCACAAAACAUGUCUCCAAAAACAGUCAUUUUGCCGGCUGGAAAAUCAUUUUUAAAUAAUUACGCGGUUGUUACAUAUAUAUUUAAAAAUUUAAAAAAAAAAUCAAGCUGAACACAAUCCCUUGCAGCUGUAAUGUUUUAAAUGAGUGAAAAGUCGCCUCGAAGAGAGUAGUGGACCUUGUUCUUAUAUACAUAAAUGUGUGUCCAAAAUUUAUUAAAAAUAACGGACAAAAGUGGGAAUAGAGCCAGUAAAUAAACGUGUGAAUGCCGAAUUUGAUUUUAUAAUAGCUGUUGGCAAUAUUUGGCCGAAUAAUUAUCUUCCUUCGAAAAUUCAAAUCAAAUCUUUUUUACUAUUUAAAUAAAUAAAAGUUUAGAAACAAUUAUUCACAAUCAGAAAAAUGAAAUUAAUCGUGGACAUUCCAUUUACCUUUCUUUGACAAAAUAACGUCACUAGUAUUAAAAUUAACGUGAGAUGAGUCCAAUCUCUGAUUUUUUUUUUCUUUCUUAGAGGACAAGGUCGGAAGUAUGUAAAAUUGAAAAGUCCUCGCACUUUUCACGUGCACAUUAUUUGUACUACUUAUAAAAAAAAUCGCAUGUAAUGCCGCCGCUUUCUUAAGGUUUUUAAUAAAAAAAGAGUAAACAUGUGAGAUCGUUUUUUCGACCUAAUAAUUAAUUGAGACACACGAAAGAACAUGAAACAUACAAACAACACACACGCAACAGAGCUUAACUGUGAAUUUUAAUUGUCCGAUUUUGUUCUUGUUUAUUUUGAUGGAAUCGUACGUAGGGUUUAAUUACGAGCUAAGAACAAAAUCUCAUCUCUCUCGGUUCUACUCCAAGUGCACAUAAAAAUUUUUAUUCCCGAAUCACGCAACCAAAAAGGCCUACUCGUCGCGAACAUACUUGUGUAUGAAAAAAAAAAUAGGUCGGGAUUAUAUAAAAAAAAAAUAAGAAUCUUAUGAAUUUCCAUUCCAUUGCAACUUUUUUAUAAGGCGAAUUUAAGAUUUGAGAGGGAACCCCGCGUAUGUAAGUAAGAAUGACUGCUGUUAUUUGAGACGAAUGAUGCGAAACAAAUCUCUAGUUUUUAAAUAAAUAAAAAUAAAAACGAUAUACACAGACGACUUUUGUAGUCCCCCCUUUUUCGAGAAAUUAUGUGAUCUGAAUUUAAAUGAAUAUAUAUUAUAAAUGUGAACGUAUGCUUUAGAGGAUAUGAAAGAAAAGGACACAAUCUCUAUUAUAGCUGCUGCACUACUCGAGUAGUCUCUCACGUUUCAUUAAAAAAUACAAAUUAUAAUCGCAGAAAAUAGUGGAAAAUUAAUAAAAACAACACUCGUCUUAUAACGCUGAUCGGCCGCCUUAUCGUGUAUAAUGUUGAAUACUAAUUUCUUGUAUGCUUUCCACAAAGAUACGUCACACUUGUUACAAUUAGUUCGAUGGGAAAAUUAUACGAUUUAGAUGGAGAAAUCCUUGUUAAUUAAAUUCAUAAAAAUUGGAUAAACGUCUUAAGAGCGAAAGUGGUUUGAGUAAAAACAGCUUAAGUGUACGUCUUUUAAAACACGCAAUUAAACUUGAUUGUUUAGAGUUAUGCAUAAUGAACAAAAAACUGACACUUACACGCAGACACGACACACAGGAAACAUACACACGUGACACACAUACACACAAGUUUGUGAAGAAAAACUCGAGUUUAUUCAACCGAAAAAGUUCUAAAAAGAGUUGUACUAUAGUAAUGUUAGCUUUAUCAUAAAUAGAUGAGGUAAUAACUACCAAACCAAAAAACAACUGCUGUUUUUGUGUUUCCUUUUUUACGAUUGUUGAUUUUUAAUGUUCACACAAUAAGUCAUUAUUGUAUAUGUACGGCAUUACGACGUCACGACGCGUAUAUGAUUUAAACGAGGAAAAACUUAAUAUAUUAUUAUACACCACUACUACAAAGAAAUCUUUAUGAUAUUUGUAAUAAAAAUGUUCCAAUAAAAUUUACCAAAAUCAACUCUUAAA